GACGGCAGCGGACUUGGCCUCCAGGACCUAGGCCUUCUGCGGGGUUGGUUUUUCGGUUGUAGAUCGCGGUGCCGGGCGGUCUGCGGUCGGGCUGAGACGCGCGGAGCAAUGGCGACCUUUGUGAGCGAGCUGGAGGCGGCCAAGAAGAACUUGAGCGAGGCCCUUGGGGACAAUGUGAAACAAUACUGGGCUAACCUAAAGUUGUGGUUUAAGCAGAAGAUCAGCAAAGAAGAGUUUGACCUUGAAGCUCAUAGACUUCUCACUCAGGAUAAUGUCCAUUCCCACAACGAUUUCCUCUUGGCUAUUCUCACACGUUGUCAGAUCUUGGUUUCAACACCAGAGGGUGCUGGAUCUUUACCCUGGACAGGAGGUUCUGCAGCCAAACCUGGGAAACCCAAGGGAAAGAAAAAGCUUUCUUCAGUUCGUCAGAAAUUUGAUCAUAGAUUUCAGCCUCAAAAUCCCCUGUCAGGAGCCCAGCAGUUUGUGGCAAAGGAUCCCCAAGAUGAUGAUGACUUGAAACUUUGUUCCCAUACAAUGAUGCUUCCCACUCGAGGUCAGCUUGAAGGGAGAAUGAUAGUGACUGCUUAUGAGCAUGGGCUGGACAACGUCACCGAGGAGGCGGUCUCAGCUGUUGUCUAUGCGGUAGAGAAUCAUCUUAAAGAUAUUCUGACAUCAGUUGUGUCAAGAAGGAAAGCUUAUCGGUUACGAGAUGGUCAUUUUAAAUAUGCCUUUGGUAAUAAUGUGACCCCUCAGCCAUACCUGAAGAAUAGUGUAGUAGCUUACAACAGUUUAAUAGAAAGCCCUCCAGCCUUUUCUGCUCCCUGUGCUGGUCAGAAUCCAGCUUCUCACCCACCCCCUGAUGAUGCUGAGCAGCAGGCUGCAUUCCUGUUGGCGUGCUCUGGGGACACUCUACCUGCAUCUUUGCCUCCGGUGAACAUGUACGACCUUUUUGAAGCUUUGCAGGUUCACAGGGAAGUAAUCCCUACACAUACUGUGUAUGCACUCAACAUCGAAAGGAUUAUCAUGAAACUGUGGCAUCCAAAUCAUGAAGAGUUGCAGCAAGACAAGGUUCACCGCCAGCGCUUGGCAGCUAAAGAGGGACUUUUACUCUGCUGAAUUAGGAUUUGAGGGGGUGGGGCCCUCAGCAAAUUAGUUAUGAGAAUAGAAUGCUUUUGGGUCCACAUUUCAAGGCUGAAGUGAAUAGUGUAUAUAUAACCUUUCCUAUGGAAAUAUGACAUGAGUACAUUUUGUGUUGCUACUGUGAAGCCAUUAAUAUAAACCUGACUUUGAUAAUUA